UACUAUGUAAAGGCAUCCGCUUCUACCUGGUCCGGCAUCUUAUCCACUUAUACGUCUUCUUCACCACGACAACCGCCAUCUUAGCUAUAUACUUUUUUUUUCUUCCUUUUCAUCCCCUUCCUCUUUUUUUCUGUUUGCUCGCAGUGGGUAAUGAUAAAAAUUUACUUUAUUGACGUUACGAAGUUUUUUCAACUGGUUCGUUUUGUAUUUUCUAAACUCAAUUCGAAAUAGGCGGGCUAACAAAUACUCGUUUCGAAUUGUGCUAUAUAGCGACAUAGCUGUGCCUAGAAAAUUGUCAACGAGUGUCCUUUUUGUUCCCUUCACUCACUGCCUUUCCUGAUCACGCCGCUCCAACCCGGUCGUAGAUAUGAUUAUGUGUUAUGAUAUACGAGCUUAAGAAACAUAAUCUUUCCAAGGGAAGCAUAUUUUACAUUGCCUGAGAGACUUUGCUAUGAGUGGAGACCAACCAAAUUCCAGCUUUGGUGAUCCAAACGCUCAACCUCCCACCCCCAAACAAACCCCGACGUCCUCUACUUUUCCGAAUUCUGUCUUCGAGACUCCCAAGAAUAAUCGGUCCUCGUUUGAGGAUUCGUCUGGCUGGACACCUAGGUUUGCUGAAGAGUAUUCUGUCUUCAAUUCUACUCCAGGCAACUUGAGGGGUUCCCAGGCCCCGUUUGUCGACUUUUCGGUCUCCACGCCUUACCAGUCUUCAAACCAUAAGAGACCUCUAUCUACCGAAACAUUUGCUGCCGAGAUUGCAACCCAUGUUACCCACUUCUCGCCGAACACGACUCUACCUCUGCCGCCCGUUGAUCCGUCCAGACGGCUAUUAUCGUCUCCGGGUCCCUUAACGGCCGACCAUAUUCCAUCCGAAACGACCCCCGGCACUGGCUCACUACUUCAGCCCAAGAAAAUUUGUCGAGAAGCUGCGCAAGAGGCUAAAGUUGAAGCCCAGACGGCCACACCGCCACCGUCUACACACAAGGGAAAGAGGCGGCUUGCUCCAAAGAUACAGACAGACAAGAUGCAAAAUGAUGGCUUCGACCCAGAGUUCGUCGCCGGCACGCCACAGCAACAGCACAUUGGCAGCUACAUGACCACCCCCACCGACCUCUUUGGAUACCCAAUGUCCGCACCGGCUGCAGCUCCCAGUUUUGGAGACUCACGCAUGUACUGGGAUACGGAUAUGAGUGGGAUGGAUCUGGAUUUUUCCACUGCCAGUGGAAGCAUGUUUCAGACUUCUUCUGGUCACCGGCCUAUGAGUUCUUUGGACUGGAGCAAGUCAAAUGAGAUGUUUCAAGACACUGGCGUUGUUCCACCCCAAAGUCAGGAGAGUAACCUAUCCACGAAGAAGGGACGGGCACUUGCGCCGAAACCUGCACCACCAAACCUGGAUACCAAUGCUACAGACUCGUCAAUAUUUGGUUCGUCUUUCCCUGCUUCCGGUGACAAUUCUUUUGGUAUGAUGAGCCAAAGUGGCGGCGUGAAUCCUGGUCUCUUAUUUACGAGGCCGCCAUCCUCGGGCAUGGAACCUGCUUCCUUUAACCCUAUGUCACAAUCUCCCUUAAUGCAAUCUUUCCCGGCACCAGAGCCUGUGAUAUUAAGUGCCAAACCGCCAAAGCGCGGGUCAGUUCGUCGUACAGCUAGCAACAAGGAUGUAGGCGCCGGCAAGAAGGCGAACCGAGCAUCAGCAAGCUCUCCAAUCAAAUCUUCAGAUCGUCCUGGAUUGUCACGCAGUUUCAGUGAGAAAGUAGGGCGCAAUUCCGUCGGCAAAGUAGCUAGUCUGCCAAAUCUAGCACCUGCCAUACAUCCGGCGCCGCAAGGGAAUGGAAGGUCAGCAUCGCAAGGCUCUAGACCAAAUGGAAGGAUAUCGCCGUUAAAGAGUCACCACCACCGAUUACCCAGCUUGAGUUCUAUACCCGAGACACCACCGCCGCGCACUCAAACGUCAGUUAAGUUUACAAUCGACUCAAGAGGUCGGGCUCGAGCAGAAACAACGACCAUAGUCUUGGACGAGGAUGAUGAUGAUCCAACGCCAACUGCUAUGCGACGUCGUAAGGAGAGCCACGGCAAAGCAAAGAGUUGGGCAUCUUCUGAAGAUGAGUCGUCGUCGACGGACGAUGAGCCUAUCAUCAUUCCUAGCCGGAACACAUCGUUUGCGUUACCAGAACCUCGAAGACUGUCACCUCACUCUUAUCAUUCCUCGCAAAGAAGUGUCAGCGACCAGAGCACAAGUAGUCUUGGCAUUUACUAUAAUGAACCUGAUGCCGGUAACGAUCCUGAAAGUGAAGCUGAAACAGUAAUGAACAUGGCUGGUGGUAACAACCGCGGUGAUGCCACGAGCGAAUUGCGCAAGGUUGUAGAGAGUCGACAGAAGAGGACUUCGAACCUGACUGGGACUUUGCCAUCCCGGUCAGCACAUAGUACCAACUCAACAACGACUCCGGCGUCCCAUAAGACCAGCAAAUUAUAUACCCCAUCCACCGACCGAGGUAGCCAGAUCCGAUGCAUUUGCAACACAUCUAAUAGCCAUGCCAACGCUUACAUGGUCCAAUGUGAAUCGUGUGAGAUGUGGCUCCAUGGCAAAUGCAUCAACAUCACCCGUCAAAGUCUUCCCCGCGUCUAUAUCUGCGCGUUCUGCGCAAAUACGCCCAAUGCUCACGGGGCAAGAGGCCGAGAGAUACGCAGGAACAUGGGAGGCCCGAAUCCCAGAGCGCCCGCCACGUCUCCGUUGGCGCAUAAAUCAUUCAAGUCAUUUAGAUGAUGAGGUUGGUGACAUGAUUGCGAGCAUAUUCGAAUCGGAACUAGGCUAUGAUAAUAGGGAUGGACAUCUAUAAACGGCGCUUACCGGAUAUAAACGGGGAUAGAAUGGUUCUGCCAGAUCCAAGCUAGGGAUAAUACUUGGGUACAUGAUACCCUGGUCUAUACUUACUUCCAAGUAAACGACAAGUAGCUAUGAGAUACGCUGAAUUGUGAUAGCUAUGGUCCUAUGGAUGAAUUGAGACAGUUGAGGUGUUCCUAUAUGUAGUAAGAUGCGUGGCGUACUUUUGUGAGCAGUCAUGUACAACUGUACCUAGUACUGUACAUACAUGGUACAUAUGUAAUGUGAUGUGUAUGUAGAUGUAUGUGUAUGUGUAUGUAUAUGUGUAUGUAUGUGUAUGUGUAU